CACAUGUGUGCGCCGAGUUCUAACCACGUGGUGCACGUCGUGACGUUUUUGCUGCUAGAGCAAAACAUCCGCAGUGGAGCUCGUGAGAGUGUCAGUGAGCACGAUGGAAACUUUUAUAUUCUCUUUUUGCUAGAAAAUAAUUCUUAAGUAAACGCUGUGAGGAUUUCACCACCAGGAUCACCUCUUCUAGACCAUGCCCUACGACCCCGACCCUCCUCCGGCUAAAAAAUUUAAGCCGGGGUCCGUUUUUUUUCGUCUCGACAAGAAUAAGCCUGGAAUGCUGCUUCCUAGGAAGGGGAAUGCCGCCACUCCGAUAGAAGUACAAAGGAAACAGCUUCCAAUUUAUCAAGCCAAACCACAGCUGUUGAACCAACUGAGACAGCUUCAUAAUGCUAUUCUGAUAGGUGAGACUGGUUCUGGGAAAACCACUCAGAUCCCACAGUACCUCUAUGAGGCCGGCAUUGGCCGACAGGGUGUCAUCGCCAUCACUCAGCCCCGUCGUGUGGCGGCCAUAUCACUGGCAGGAAGAGUGGCGGAGGAAAAGAGGACUCAGCUGGGCAAACUUGUGGGAUACACUGUGCGUUUUGAGGAUGCCACUUCCUCUGAGACUAAGCUGAAGUUCAUGACAGACGGGAUGCUUCUGCGUGAGGCCAUCGGAGACCCCUUACUGUUGCGCUACACUGUAGUGAUACUGGAUGAAGCUCAUGAGCGUACUGUACACACUGACGUACUGUUUGGCGUGGUCAAAACCGCCCAACGCAGGCGUAAAGAACUGAACAAGAUUCCACUGAAGGUCAUAGUAAUGUCGGCCACCAUGGAUGUAGACUUGUUCUCCGAGUACUUCAACAAGUCACCUGUGCUGUACUUGGAGGGGAGACAACAUCCAAUUCAGAUCUACUACACCAAACAGCCACAGUCAGACUACCUGCAGGCUGCACUGGUCUCUGUGUUCCAGAUCCAUCAGGAAGCCCCUCCAUCCCAUGAUAUCUUAGUCUUCAUGACGGGUCAGGAGGAAAUCGAAGCUCUGGCGAGGACAUGUCGGGACAUUGCCAAGCAUCUGCCCGAUGGCUGUGGCCCCAUGGUAGUCAUACCUCUGUACGCCUCACUGCCCCCAGCACAGCAGCUCAGGGUCUUCCAGCCUGCACAGAAGGGUUGUAGGAAAGUCAUCCUGUCCACCAACAUUGCUGAGACAUCAGUGACAAUCUCUGGGAUCAAAUAUGUCUUAGACACAGGGAUGGUGAAGGCCAAACGCUUCAGUCCUGACAGUGGUCUGGAGGUGCUAGCAGUGCAGCGUGUUUCUAAAGCACAGGCCUGGCAGCGAGCGGGCCGAGCAGGCAGAGAGGACUCCGGCUCCUGCUACCGCCUCUACACUGAGCAAGAAUUCGACAACUUCAUUCCCAUGACUGUGCCGGAGAUUCAGAGGUGUAACUUGGCUGGUGUGAUGCUGCAGCUAAUGGCGCUGGGGAUUCCAGAUGUGAUGAAUUUUGAUUUCAUGUCCAAGCCUUCUCCAGAGGCCGUUCGUUCUGCUGUGGAUCAUUUAGAGCUACUGGGAGCUGUGGAGAGGAGGGAGGAGCAGGUGUCUCUCACCGCCUUGGGAAAAAAGAUGGCAAACUUUCCCCUAGAGCCACGAUAUGCAAAGACGAUCCUUUUGUCUCCAGAGUUCUCCUGUUCUGAGGAGGUAUUGAGCAUCGUUUCGCUGCUGUCAGUGGAUACUGUUCUCUACAACCCCCCAGCCCGGCGAGAGGAGGUGUUGGCAGCACGCAAGAAGUUCAUCUCCAGCGAAGGAGACCACAUGACCCUCCUCAACAUUUACAGAGCGUUCAAGAAAGUCAGCGGAAAUAAGGAAUGGUGUCGGGAGAAUUUUGUUAACAACAGGAAUAUGGGUCUGGUGAAAGAAGUCCAGGCACAACUUAGAGAAAUCUGCUUGAAGCUCAAUUUAAAGUUGGAGUCGUGUGGGGCAGAGACAGAGAACAUUCGCCGCUGCCUCGCGCACGGUAUGUUCGUCAACGCUGCUGAGCUACAACCAGACGGCAGCUACUUGGCUCUGGACACUCGACAGCCAGUGGCCAUCCAUCCUUCCUCUGUACUUUUCCAGUCAAAGCCAGCAUACGUUGUCUUCAAUGAGCUGCUGCACACGUCCCGAUGCUACAUGAGAGACCUCUGUUUGGUGGACGCCGACUGGCUACUGGACGCAGCACCAGAGUACUUUGGCCGCAAGCUCCGCCCCACAAAGAGCUAACCAACACAUUUUUAUUGCUAAAUUAGGAUAAUGUUUGUACUGCAAUUAAGAAGAUGACAUUUUCUGUUUCUUGGAUUUCACUACCUCUGAGUUCACACACGUCUGACAUGUGAAGUUGCAGCCAAAAUCUGCAUACCAAGGCUUCACAACAUUUUAGACCUCUUUCAGAUUGUAAUAACAAAAAAUCAAGUUUUUCUCAGCCUCACAGUAUUUGUAUUGCCAUUCAGCUUCAUUGGUCAGUCCAGUUUAAUGUACACAAAAUCAUUUUCUGCAUUUAGUUCUGACCUCUGCAUAUAUUUAAAGGCACAGAUGAGUUCAGCAUGUGUCUGUUAAUGUUCCUCAAUUGAAAUUAAUUUUACAAAAUGUUACAAAAAUUGUCUUUUUUUUCCCACUGAGGUAGAUUCACUUCUCUUACUUGCUGUAAGAGAGUAACUUUUAGAGGAUUUAUACAAAAAAGGUUCUUAGGUUUUAUAUAUAUAUUUCUAAGAGAGUGGGGUUUAAGCAUGUGAUAAAUAAUUGUAUCAGUUUCAGUGAGGAAGAGAACACCAAAGUUGACAUAUACGGUGCUUGUGCAUGUCCAUUUUCCCACCUGUAUUACCACAAACACUGUACACGCACGCUAAAAGCAAAAGGCAUGUUUUAUUAUCUGAGAUGAUCCUGUUGCACAGAGCCAUCACUGACGUCCUGCUCAGUCGUCACUGCAGAUGUAUAUGCUGACAACAACCGGAUGCAAUGCAUGAAGAUUGUAGUUGAUCUGAUCCCUCAGGUCUACAUAUUUGUAGAAUAUCAGUCACAAUCUUUGGAAAGAAAAUGAAACAAAUGCUACUCCUGCCUUUUUUUAAACUGGUCUCAGGACUGUACAGUGUAUAUUGGUACCUGCAAAUUAAAGAACAGAUUAUUUGUAACUUUUUAAACUUCUAAAUGUGUCUGUAAUUAAAGGACUGAUAUGCCAGAUUUGGUAUAAAUGUGUUGCACAUGAAACGGGGUAGAUUUUUGUUUCUCAAAGCAAAGUGAAUUGUUCUGCAUGUCCUGUCAUAAACUUUACUUUGGGUAUAAUUUUAACACAAUUUAUUAUAGUCAUAAGUUGCAAUAAUAUUAAUAAUAAAAAGAAAUUAAUU